AUGCGGCGCACGACGUGGCUGAGCACUGGCGUGGCCGCGCUCGUGGGGACAGCGCAGCCCUUGCUAGCGUCGGCACGAGGGGUGCACGUGAACCUGACCGCCAGCUGGCCCAGCUCGCCGUCGUUCCCGCUGCUGGAGACAAGCGAGUUCCUAGCCGAGGAGAAUCCACUGUACUUCUGGCAGUUUCUGGACGAGAUUGAACCGCGUGCGUCGUACGUGAAGCUCAUUGGCGACAAUGUGGACGAGCUGGGGACGCUCGCCGUGGCGGUCGCUGAGGCCAUUGCUCCGGGCUCCAAAAAUAUCUUGGAGGUGAUGCUGGCGACGCGCACGUACUCGGUGAAAGUGGAGACGUUUCGUCAAUUGGGACUGGAUUCAGGUGCUCGUCCGUGUGGAGCGGACGCAGACACGUGGGCAGUGUUCUACCAGGAACCGCACUGCGUUGAGUCUGUGGCCUGCUCUUUGGAAGAGCUCGAGGCGAUUCUACAUGGCGAAAAGCAAGAGUCGAACAAUCAAGCGUGUGUUGCCACUGGUGCGAAUGAUGUCGAACUGCCGGUGGACCAUAAGUAUCCGUACAUUGCGUCAGACAAGAAGGCGCCCGUGUCGGCAAUUCUCUAUGGUCUCGUAGGCACGGAGAAAUUCCAUAACUUCCAUGGAAAAUUGAUCAAGCAAGCACAAAUGAGCAAGAUCCAGUACAUGGUGCGUCAUUAUCCGCGUGACUCGCCGUUGGAGACAUUGCUGCAAGGAUACGGUGUAGCACUGGAUGUCAAGAAUAUGGAGUACAAGACCAUUGAUGAUUCGAGAAAGAUCGAAGACGAUGACGAGGUUCGUGUCGGCGAAGGAGACAACGAGGAGGGAAACGAGAAGGAAGACGACGUUGACGACGAAGAGGUUGACGGUUUUUUGUUCAAGCUUCUGAUGGCUCGCCACAAAGCCAUUGCUGAUGAUUUGAAACAGUUCUACGACAUUUUGGUCAAGAAGGCAGACGGCGAACAGGAACAGGAGUUGAAGGCCUGGCAUUUGAAGGAUCUGGGUGCAAGUGCUGUGCGUGCGAUAGGGGAUGCUAAGAAUCCGCUGAAGAUGCUCGAAACCCUUUCACAAGACUUUCCUCUGCAAGCGAAAAAGCUUGCGUUCUCGCGGAAGUCAAUUUCGACACAGCUUCGGGAAGAGAUCUCCUCCACACGUAUGCAAGUCGCACGCAACGGGCUUACAAACAUGUUCAUCAUGAACGGUAUUGCGGUAGACCCGAUGGAGCGCUCGUUCAACGUGUUCGACUUCAUGAAGACGCUGAAGGAUGAGUGGUCUGUGGCCAAGCAACUUGGCCGUUUGCGCCUGAACCAAAUGGAGAUGGAAGAAAUGCUGACGAAUGUGCGUGAAACAAGCCAAGCACGACCUGUAGUUCGUAUCCACAUGCGUGGAUCCACGGGCGGCACGACUCCCUUGUACCUGAACAACAUAGAGACUGAUGAAGACUAUGCCGAUUGGCCGCGCGAUGUAAGCACGCUCCGACGGCCCGCCUGGAAUCUCAUUUUCGUUCGUAAGAACAUGUACGAAUGCGUACUUGUUCUUGAUCCGCUAACAGGUCUAGGCCGUGCAGCGCUGUCCCACGUUGGCUAUAUGCGCAUGCGUGGCGCACCUGUGCAAUGGGCUCUCCUCAUAUCUUCGAAGGAGCUCAUAGCAAGCAGAACACCCGAUGAUCGCCGAACAUUGCUGGAGCAGUACAAAGCGUUCAAGGCGACAGAAAAGGCAACACCCUGGCAUUUCGCGAAGCUGUUGAUGCUGGCUCAGUCUAAGGAUGCGGCUAAACCUGAGAUCCGUGGCGAAGAAAACGAGAACUCACAGACUGAAAACGAGAUCGCGAACGAAACAGAAGAAAACACCGAACGCUCUACAAAGUAUGCCGCGGCGUAUAUGCAGCGGGUUGCUCAAACUGAAAGCCCUGACGUUCUUGUUGAAAAGCUGAUAGAUGCCUACGCCGAAGCCACUGCCAACAUCGGGACGUAUGAAAUAAACGAAGAGGAGGCGUUGGCGUGCCUUAGGAGCGACCAGUUUGACAACGAGGUGCUAGCCAUGACCGAGUUCGUACACGCGAAGCGCGUGCCGUUGGGUUCAUUCGUGUUUAAUGGCGUGGUCCACAACGACCUGGACAUUCAGCAGUCUACGAUGGCCAACUUCGGCCGCGACCAGCCACUGUAUGUUGGCAUGGCUCACCGAGGCAUGCUGGACGACGACAUGGAUCUUAUUGAGGAGCUUAUGACGACUCAAGACGCAUAUCCAGUUUACUCGUCAAUUUUUGAAGGUUCGGAGCGUGGACACCCAGGGGGCGUUGAAACGGGCGCGCAACAGCAUCUUUUUGCUGACGACGUAACGGGCCGGCUUGAGGUAUUAGCUCGGUCUGCUAUCUCGUACCUGCACGCGCCUGGUUCUAGAUCUGUGCCGAAAAAGCAGACCAUCAUAUUUCUAGUAGACCUGGACAAUAAGCGGGACGUCGGUCAUGCUUAUCGACUCGUGAAGGCUGUACUUGAAGAUUCCAAGCAGUCUCUCCGUGUUGGCAUCGUGCCUCGAUUGAACGGCGAUGGCAAGGGCCGACAAAUGAGCGACACAGGGAAGCUUACUGCUGCCGUUCUUGCCGCAGUGGGCAACUCGGAUUGUGAAGCUUACCUCAAGUUCAUUCUGCAAGCACUGAACUGUGUUGAGAAGCAGAUGACUGCUGAUGCGAUGCGGAAUGAACUCCUUGACGUUUGGAAAGCGACGAGGGAAGAAGAUGGUAGCAAGGAUGUGGUGCAUGAUAAGGUCCUGGUGCUCUUGAACGGUACGAUAGGCAGGUGGCUGACCACGAAGCAGCGCGAGGUACUUUCGCGAUUUGGCGACCUCUUGCACUCACGGUUUCCACCUGCAUUCGAGGUAAACCUCGAGGAGGGUUCUCCUACGAUUGCUCUUCCGCACUUGUUUAUCAACGGAAAGCAAGUGAGCCUCCCAUCUGAGUCAUUGUCGGAUGCAGACGUGGCAACUAUGGUGGAUUUUGACCUCAAGUACCGCUCUGAGCCCGUGGCCAAGGCACUUCUCAAGCAUACUGCCAGGAUGACGAUCAAAGCUGCUGACAAACUGAGUUUCGAUAUCACGAAAACGAUCGGCAUCGUUGACAAGUACGUGGAGACCCAGAGAGUGUCGCGCCUGACGAUCGACGAGAAUUCUCUGAACACCUUCCGGCUUCCUGGAGACCCAUUCCUUCACGUUGCAGCCUAUGUUGAUCCGCUGUCCGAGGGAGCACAGAUGAUCAGCUCUAUGCUCCGGAUGCUGCACUCACAGUUGAAUGCCACUAUCGAGCUGGUGUUGAUACCUGCAGACGAGUACACCGAAUUCCCGCUGAAACGCUUCUAUCGAUACUUGUUUGAAAAGAGGCCAUCGCUAGCUGCGACAAGCGUCGAGUUUCGCAAAUUGCCUGUCCAACCAAUCUUCACCAUGAAGAUUGACACCCCUGAGGCCUGGAAUGUCCAGACCCUGUACGCGGGUGACGACUUGGACAACUUGAGGGUAGACCCUGAAAGUUUGACAGCGGUGAAAUCUACGACCAGGGCAGUGUUUCGAUUGGAGAGCCUGUUGGUGUAUGGCCAGUGCCGUGAUAAGACCUUCAACAUGUAUGCACCCCCAAACGGCCUGCAAUUGGUUCUCGAGCGUGAAGCUGGCGCUCAGCUGCUGCACCGCGACACCGUUGUCAUGAAGAACUUGGGAUACUUCCAGCUUCAGGCGACGCCCGGCGUUUGGUCCUUGCGCCUGGCAAAGGGCAGAGCCGCGGCUCUUUUCGACAUUAUUGACCCGCACACAGAUCUCCCUUUGGAGGCCCACCCCGUCAUUGUUUACGAUUUUGGCUCUCACAUUGUCCAGCUGCUGGUUCGUAAAAAAAGUGGCAUGGAGCGCGACGAGUUGCUGCAGGUGGACGAGAACGCAGUUGCGGCAGGCAAACCAGAUGCUGAGCCGACCGACAACGAUGAAGGAGCUCUUCGCUCGUACUGGAACUCGAUGCUGAACAUGAUGGGCAAGAAUGGCAACGAGUUGGACGAGAAGCGUCAAGCUGCGGACGAUAAGACCAAUCUGGCAGAGGUUAUCGAUGCAGGUAACGCCCGCGCUCGACUAACCGAGCGCAGCGGAGAGACCAUUCACGUGUUUUCGGUGGCGUCCGGUUAUCUGUACGAACGCUUCGUUAAGAUCAUGAUGUUGAGCGUUCUCAAGCGCACCAAUAAUCCGGUGACAUUCUGGCUGCUUGAGAACUUCUUAUCGCCUGACUUCAAAGCGUCGAUUCCAGUGCUGCGUGAGCAGUUCGGCAUGGACAUUCGCCUUGUUACUUACAAGUGGCCCAAUUGGCUUCGUCAGCAGACGGAGAAGCAGCGCAUCAUCUGGGGGUACAAGAUUCUUUUCCUGGACGUGCUGUUUCCGCUAGGCGUGCAAAAGGUCAUUUAUGUCGAUGCUGAUCAAGUGGUGCGUGCUGACCUGAAGGAACUGUUGGAGCUCGAUAUGGAAGGGAAGCCCUACGGCUACACGCCAUUCUGUGGCUCUCGCAACGUCGGCUUUCAAUUUUGGCGUCAAGGCUACUGGAAAGAUCACUUGCGUGGCAAGCCAUACCACAUCAGCGCCCUAUAUGUGGUUGACCUGGCGGUCUUCCGCCGGAUGGCUGCGGGUGACAUUUUGCGUGCGACUUACAGCCAGUUGAGUGCCGAUCCGAACUCACUGGCCAACCUGGACCAGGACUUGCCGAACUAUGUGCAAAGCCAGAUCCCCAUUUUCUCGUUGCCACAGGAGUGGCUCUGGUGUGAAUCGUGGUGCAGCGACGAGACCAAGGCCGCGGCCAAGACGAUUGACUUGUGCAACAAUCCGAAACACAAGGAGCCGAAGCUGGAUAUGGCCAAGCGUAUUAUCGCUGGCGAGCUCUUCAACGAGUCAUGGAUUGAGCUUGACCAAGAGAUCAAGGACACGGAGGCACAACACGCUGCGCGGUCGGCAAUGUAG